AUGUUCAUUUGUAGUGUGUGUAAUGAAAUAUUUGGCCGUCUAACGUGUCUUAUAAAUCAUAAAAAAAUCCACAAAAACUAUUAUCAGGUUGAGGAUAGUUCUGACGAUUGUACAGACGAGAAUACAGAGAUUCAUAGUUCUGAUGAAUCAGAUGAAUCGGAAGUAGUAAUGUUCAAUAACCAAGCUAUCGUAGAUAAUGAACAUAAUCCAUUAGUAGAUAUAUCCAAUCCAACACUUGAAGAAUAUAGUUCAACAUUUGAUGAAACUAAUUUAAUGUCUGAGGAAUCUAGCUCAACAUCUGAAGAAAUUAGUUCAACAUCCGAAGAAAUUAGUUCAACAUCUGAGGAAUCUAAUUCACCCUUUGAAGAAUCGAGUUCAACAUUCAAUGAAUUUAAUUCAACUUUAGAUCUUAUAGCUGAUGAACGGUCUCUUUUUUCUGGAUACUCUGAAGAAAAGUUAUACCAAGUUUUUUCGACCCCCAUUGUACAAAUCAAGGGUCAGGUCUACUCAUUUGAGUAUCAACCAAUAAUUUCAGCAGUUAAGGAAAUUCUUCAAAAUCAAGAAAUUGCAACGAAUUGUGUUUUUGAUUAUGAAGAAAUUUAUUCAUCAAUUGAGGCAAUAUACUCUGAAUUUUAUAAUUGUAAUUGGUGGGAUCGUGCGCAACAAUGUAUCCCAUCUGAAAAUAAAGUUUUACCUAUAAUUUUAUAUUCAGAUGCGACUAUGUUAGAUCGUUUAGAAAAGAUUUCAUGCCAUCCAGUUUUUAUUAGCUUGGGCAACAUUCCAACCAGAUUUCGUAAUAAACCCGAAGCUAAGGCACUUGUUGGUAUUAUACCAACAUUACAAGGUACAAAAGAGGAAAGGCAAACUCCACAAUUUAGACAAUUGAUUCAAACAACUUUUCACAAAUGCAUGAAUGAUAAGUUAAAUACCAUUAAUUUACCUUCUAAUCGCAAAAUCAUCCGAACAGAAAGCCAAAUGAAACAGGUUAUUGCGAUGGGUCAAGGCAAAGAUUAUUCAAUACAUGAAGAAACUAAUAGCUUCUGGAACCAUUUGGACUUCUUAAAAUCUUACGGCGGAGCCGCCCUUGUUAAUAAAAUGGACCUACGGUUUGGACUAAUACCACGAUAUCCAGGACUAAAAAUCUUCAAUGUUGGGCUUGCGGACCUUGCUUUAUUUACAGCAUCCGAGUACAAGCACAUGAUGAAAGUCAUGCCUUUCAUCCUUGAGGGCCUUUUUGAAGAUAAAAAAAAAAAAUAA